GUGAUGAUAAAUGAACUGCCCUGUUCAACUAAUUAAGAAAAGGUCAUUCCCAAUUGAAUCUACACUAAAUUCAGAAUUUGAGGAUUAUCGCCCAGUCUAUAACUGCGCACAUGCGCAGUCAGCGCCUUCUCCUUCUAGCGCCAAUUGAGCCCCGUCUCGAACCGCGAGCAGCCGCGCACAGAUCGCCUGUUUGUCUGAGAGGACGAGGGCUCCGCGGCAGCAGGGGACAGUCACCAGGGAACAGUUUGGAUGACGGAGAAGUUCAUCGGCUCCUCUUUGCCCCAGAAGCCUUACUCAUCGCGACCAAUGGGAUUAGGAUAAAAAGGUGAAAGUUGUAUUUUGGAGCCUGAAUCAGUGCUUCUAACAUGCGCUAAUCCGGAGCGUCGCUGUAAACAGAGGGAUGUGAGGGACGCGCAGACGGUCAAGUUUGAAAGAAUAUUCAAGAAAACGGACUUCAGAUGAAAGGAUGCACGUAGUCUGGGUAUUUCUCUUAUUCAUCGAGGAGGCGUUCGCUUCGGCACAGAAGACUAAAGAUGGAGCCGCGGGCUCGCGAGGCGUCAGGCCGUCCCAGUGGCCAAAGCGCUCCCAUCACUGCGGAAACUGGGUGCGGAACGCAGAGGGAGGCACCUUCAGCUCCCCAAACUACCCCAAAGCGUACCCCCCCAACAAGGAGUGCCUGUAUGUGCUGGAAGCACAGCCACGCCAGAGAAUAGAGCUGACGUUCGACAAGACCUUCUACAUCGAGGCGUCGUUCGAGUGCCGCUUCGACCACAUCGAGGUGCGCGACGGCCCCUUCGGCUUCUCGCCGCUCAUCAACCGCUUCUGCGGCGCCGCCACCCCCGGCCUCGUCCUCUCCAGCGGCCGCUUCAUGUGGAUCCGCUUCUUCAGCGACGAGGAGCUGGAGGGGGUCGGCUUCCAGGUCCAGUACAGCUUCACUGCAGAUCCAGAGUUUCAUCUGCAUGUGGGAGGACUUCUGAACCCCAUCCCAGACUGUCAGUUUGAGCUGUCUGGGGCUGACGGCCUGAUCCGAUCCAGUCAGGUGGAGGAAGAGUACAAGUUGAAGCCAGACCAGGCGGUGGACUGCAUCUGGACCAUACGAGCCCCUUCCAACAACCGGAUAUACCUGCGAUUCUUGGAAUACCAGAUGGAAAACUCAAAUGAGUGUAAGAAGAACUUUGUGGCUGUUUAUGACGGCAGUAAUGCCAUUGAGGACCUGAAGGCCAAGUUUUGUAGCACAGUAGCCAACGACAUCAUGCUAGAAACCGGCGUGGGCGUAGUGAGGAUGUGGGCCGACGAGACCAGCCGCCUCAGCCGCUUCCGGAUGCUCUUCACCUCCUUUGCCGACCCUCCUUGUCUAGGCACCAUGUUCUUCUGCCACACUAACAUGUGCAUCAACACUACUCUGGUCUGCAACGGCGUUCAGAACUGUGUGUUUCCCUGGGAUGAAAGCAACUGCAUAGAGACAAAGACCAAAACUGUCUUUCACCACAUCACAAAGACUCACGGCACGGUGAUCUGUGUGUCCACCGGCGUGGUGCUGCUGCUGCUCAUCUUCUCCAUCAUGGUGCAGGUUAAACAGCCGCGGAAAAAGGUGUUGGUGCGUAAGAACAAUCUGUUCCACCGGGGCGACUCUCAGGAUGGGUUCGAGCCUCCACAUUAUGAGCUUUUUACUCUCAGAGACAAGGGACUCUCUGGGGACCUUGGGGAGCUAUCGGAGGAACUGCAGUCCAUGCAGGCGCUUAGAAGGUCCUCAUCCGGCUCCCGCUGCAUUCAUGAGCACCACUGUGGUUCCCAGGCCUCCGUCAGCUCCGUCAAAGCCAGUCAGCCUGUCCACGGUGGGGGCAGGGGGUCCUUGGAGCUGCUGCCGUUCCGAGGAGACGUCCAGAGCUCGCUGCCGCCGUCCAGGGACUCCGACAGCAGCCUGCGUAAGAAGAGCUGGCCCAGUGUGAAACCGGGCCGGAUGCCGGGCCCGCACGGCGCCGGGGAUCGAGCACUGGGGCGGCAGGAUCGAGUGAUGGAGGAGGAUGAAGACGAGGAGGAGGGGGGACGGUACGACGUGUACGUGCGCAGAGCGGGAAGCCGGAGAGCGAACUAUGAAAUGGCCCAGCAGAGAUCCUUGUCCAUGGACUUCUGAAAAGAGAAGCACAAUCAGCCCGCCGUCAGCAACAGCAACAAGCUUUUUGUCAGUGCCACACUGUGGAGGCGGAACUCCCACAUUCACAACAAGAAGGAAGGAGAACGUCAUCGCACACAGUCAGUUUUAAGUCAAAUACUUCAUAUUGUCACUGUAACAAGCUGAUCAAUAAAAUCAAUAUCAAAUCACCCGA